GCCGCUCGCCCGAGGCCGCCCGGGGCGGGGGGGGCGUUGAGCUGCCCCAGGCCGCCGGUGGACGCCCGGGGCCGGAGCUCUGCCCGCGGCGCGGGAAGGGCGGGGCGAUGCGGCAGGCUGCAGCGGUUGCCGUGUCUCGGCCGCCGGCGUCUCUGAGGCUGGGCCGGGGCCGGGCGUCUCCUCGCCUGCGUCUUCGGGCCGUGCCCUGGGCCGGGGGUACCGGCACGGCCACCCUCCCUUGGCCGGGAGCCCCCGGUGAGGUUUCAAGGGCGUUUUCUCCUUGACAGCAUCUCUGAGAUGCUCCCGACCGCCGAGACCCUGCAGAGGGAUUCAGCCCUGCUGCUGCAGACUCCUGGACCGGCCAGAGCUUCCUCGGACCGCGCUCAGAUCGUGCUCCGGGGAUCAGCUGCCGGUUCACUGGCCACCAGCAACCGGCUGCGGCCCCUGCCCGGCUGGAUGGGCCUGAGCUCGGUGGGGAGCUGUGGGGCAGCCCCUCUCCGCUGGGUGUAUUCCCGUCUCUGAACCCACAGGCCCUCGUGCCGGUCCCCUGCAGCCGGCCCUUCCCUGCCUGGUGGCUGCUGCAAGGGAGCUGGAUGGUCUGAAGAGAGGAGCUGUGGAGCUCUUUGAGGAGCCCUGGCACUACCAGUGAGGCAGCAUCAUGCUGGCUCCAAAGAAAGGCCUGCUGUGCAAUCUAAACCACAUCCAUCUGCAGCACAUCUCCCUGGGCCUGCACCUCUCCCGGCACCCAGAGCUCCAAGAGACCUCUGCUUCCAUGGGUGGAGGAGACCAGACUGGCUGCAGCAACUGCCCAGAGAACUGUGAGCAAGUGGAUGCCAAUUCCAACAAUCCCUCCCUGAAAUGCCGGUGCUGCGAGUCCCACACUCAGCAGCUGGUGACGUUUGGCCUCCAGAACCAGGCGACUCAAGAGGAUUUCCCCUGCCUGCAUGCUGGGGAGGUGGCUUCCCCUUGUGAUCCCCCUUGUGAGCUGGUUUCCUCCUCCUCCUCCUCCUCCUCCUCUGUCAGUAGCUGCUCGGAUUUCAGCUUGGAUGACUCCCCAGUCUCUGUGUACUGCAAGGGGUUCUCCAGAGAAGAGUCCCAAUCCCCUGAAAAUCAGCCCAAUGUCAUUCCCAUAGAAGAUGCCCAGGAUGGCCAGUCGUUGGCUGAGCAGAGUCAGAUGUGUGAAGGAAGAGACGCCAACCUCAAUCCCCCAGUGCUCCGGAGAUCCAAUGUGGCUGGAGAGAGCCCGGACAGCCUCUGCAGCAGCACCUCGCUUGACUCCCAGUGCAAUGGGACCUCUCCCAGUGUGGCGGUGCAGGAGACCACCACCAUCUGUGCCAACCUAGACCGUAACUGCAACUCCCUCCCCAACUCUGAUGCCGCACCUCUGGCACUGCCUGCGCCAGGACGGUGGGAUUCCGGUCUGAGCAGUGUGCCUGAGCCACGGCCCCGGGCUGGCAGCAUCCCUCCUCCUGUGCCCCCCCGGCCCCGGAGACGGCUGCAGGUUCUCAAUGCGCAGAGAGCAGAGCAGCUGCUCCUGCCCGUGCGGCCGGCAGAGCCAGAGCCCAGCUCGGGUGACCUCUGCAGAGACGUGGGCAAGAAGACCAUCACCUCCUUCCAUGAACUUGCCCAGAAGAGGAAGAGGAAUGCCACUGGGCCUGCUCUUGCCCAGGCCAGGGCUGACCGGAGCGACUGGCUGAUCGUAUUCUCACCUGACACAGAGCUGCCAGCCCCCAGCGAGCUCCUCUCCAGCGCCGCGGGCCAGGAGCCAGCCCGGCCCCUGCUCCAGCACGACUGGCCAGUGAAACCACCCAGCUCCAGGCAGAGAGAGGUGACCACAUUCAAGGAGCUGCGGUUCCGCAACAAGCCCAAGGGCCAGCCAGCCGGCGAGCGGGCAGAGCCAGUGACAUCUCAGCACCCAUCUGCCCCCCUUGAGACGGCCAUGGGCAGUGAUGGCUCAGGCUGCAAGCCACCCAUGCCUCUGGGUGGACACUUGCUGGCACCUAUGGAAAGCCACCUGCCAAAGAGGAGGAGAUCCCGACCGGGACUGCAGCCCAUUGCGGAGGGACAGCUAGGGGAUGCAGAGGAAGGGGGGCUGCCACUGCGAAGCUGCCUCCCAGGAGAGAAGGGGCUGGGCUCUGGUUGUGAUAAAGACACCCUGGUUCGGAGGCUUGAGGGAGCUGCUGGGGACGCCUGGGUGCCAGGGACAGUUGAGAGAGGAGACGAGACCUGCAAGGAGGCCAGGCCCUCGCCGUCCGCCGCUGGAGCCGCCCCGGGCGCAGACCGGCCCGGCGGGGGGAGCGCGGAGGGAGCCCGCCGCGCCCGGGGAGAGCAGAAGAAAGCCCUGCUGAUCGCCGUCAGCACUGCUGUGGAUAAGAUUAUCGCCCACUUCAGCACUGCACGGAACCUGGUGCAGAAGGCCCAGCUGGGGGACAGCCGGCUCAGCCCAGAUGUGGGUUACCUGCUGCUGCACACCCUCUGCCCUGCGCUCUACGCCUUGGUGGAGGAUGGGCUGAAGCCAUUCCAGAAGGAUGUUAUCACAGGCCAGAGGAAAAAUUCCCCCUGGAGCGUGGUGGAAGCCUCUGUGAAGACAGGCUCCAACACCCGCUCUCUCCACUCCCUGUGCUGGCACGUGGCUGGGCUGGCCCCUCUCAACAGCGCCAGACAGAAGUUUCAUGCCUUUAUCCUUGGCCUUUUGAACAUUAAGCAGCUGGAGCUGUGGAUCUCUCACCUGCAGAAGAGCCCAGGUGUAAUCUCCAUGCUGUAUUCACCCAUGGCCUUCUUUGCCCUGAGCCAAGGCCCUCUUCCCCACCUUGCUGAUGAACUGCUGCUGCUCAUCCAGCCCCUCUCAGUGCUCACUUUCCACCUUGACCUGCUCUUUGAACACCACCACCUCUCUGUGGACGUAAGACCCUUGUCCCGUCGCCUGGAGUCACCCCUGUCUCCUGCCCAUCACGCCGCUCAGGCUCGGGGGGCUGUGCCGCCUUCUCUGGAGGGCCGAAGCAGUGCUGCAGGGGCAGGCCUGGAAGACGAGAUCCCCCCUGAUGCUCUGGGGAGGGCAGCCGGUGCAGAGGGCAGUACGAGGUCCCAGUCCCCGGCAGCUGCGCGCGGGCUGGUUUCUGGCCCACAGGUGGGGGCUGCCCUGCAGCAGACCUUCCAGCACGUGCUGCGGUGGGGCGACCAGCUCAGUCGCACUUUACUGGGAGCUGACAGCUCCCGGGAGACCCACAAGCCUGAGACAGGCCCUCAGGAUGCCGAGGCUGGCUGGUGGGGCCAGCUCAGCCAAGCCUCCAGGAUUUACGCUGCUCCUAGCAAGGAAAAGUUCCCCUUCGUCUGGUGGACAAAGCUGCGGACGGCUACGGGAGAUUCCAGCCCUGGCCAGGCUGUACGCCCUCAGAUAUCCGUCGAUGAGCCUAAAGGCACGGAGCUGCAGCUCCUUCAGACCAAAGCUAUCCCAGAACUCUCUGGUCCAAAGCCCAGCAGCAGUGCUGACACCUCUGGGACCUCUUCCCCUGAAGACCUCAUCCUGCCUGCGGGAGCUGGAGCACCCACCAAGCCAGGCGAUCCUGCUGCUGGAGAGAAACUCCUGCCUGCUUCCCCAGAGCUUCGUGUGAAUAGGAACCAGGCAGCCCCUUCCAACCCAGAGCCCAGCAGUCCUGGUCCUGACAAGGGCAGCUGGCUGGGCUGGCUCUUUGGAGCCACCAGCCCCUCUGCCAGGAGCUUCCCUCCCAGUCCUGACGCCAUCUCAGCUAGGUCCAGGAGACCCUCUAGCUGGCUGUCCCCCAGCGCACGUGUCCUGGCUGUGAUGGUGAAGGGGCUGGCGUCUGAGAAGACCCGUGAUCAAGAGCAGCCAGAGAGAAAUGUGUCCGACCCGCCCCAGACCCCCAGGGCGGUUCGGGCGCUCUGUGACCACACAGGCGCUGCUGACGGUCAUCUGAGCUUCCAAAAAGGGGACAUCCUGCAGCUGCUCUCCACUGUGGAUGAAGACUGGAUCCACUGCUGCCAUGGAAACAGCACUGGCCUAGUUCCUGUCGGCUACACAUCCCUAAUUUUGUGAGGAGGCAGAGGAGACCUGAGGAAGCAGCUGAGCUUGCUGAAGCAGGUGCCACCUCUGGGAAGGACUGUGUCCUGCCACGUCUUCACCUUUGGGGCUUCACCACCUUCAGGGCUGGCAGUUCUGCAGGGGACCCUGUCCUGGUGCCCGUCGCUGCUGCUCAUUUGCAUGACGUUGCCAUCUGCCGUGGGUGCGUCCUGUGAGCCACCGCUGUGCGUGUCCCCGCAGAACUUCACUGCAGCCCCCCUUUGGGACCUGCUCUCGCUCAUGUUUCCUCAGCCGCUGCCCACGCCUGUGCCGGGGAGGGAAGGACCCUGUCCCUGUGCGGUACUCACAGUCUUGUAUGUCGUCUCUGUGCCGUUGUGUCCUGCCGCCACCUCCACGUGCCCUGCUUUGCCCCGUGGUCGGGGCUGGUGGCCCAGACCACCAGUGCACAGUCCCAGCACUCUGUAAAUAGUUGUAACCACAGGAAUGAGCUUAUUCCAGGGAGAAGGGAAAAAAACCAAAAACCAAAACACCAAAACCUGGAAAUAAAGGUUGUGACUCACGUGUC